UGCACUUCAGAAUUGUACUUGUGUGAAUCUGUAACCGGAUAACCACAGUAAAUGAAUCAAAGGAGUGAGGACUGUCAGUCGCGGGCUGACGUCGCUCCGCCUUUUACGCACGUCCUGCCCGCCCCGCUCAUUACCCAUGCGGCCACCCAGCGGACAGACAGCGGCUGCUGCACUUUGAAGUCCGCCUGUUGUGAUCAGUGAGCUGCUGAAGUCCGGAGAGAAGACACGCAGUGGGACGUUUCCUCCAAACACUCGGACUCUAUAAAGCCGUCUCCGCUCUUUUUACGCAUCGACGGGAAGGAACACCGUGUGCCGUUUUUCCUGGACUUUUCUUUUUUUCUUUUUCUUUUUUUUAAUUUCCUUUUUGGGGGAUUUUGAAAUCGGGAGUUUUUACAGAGAUGAGGAUGCUUUAAAACCAAGUAGCGCGCUGGGUCUAAAAGGCUUCACCGUCCUUCGGGACAUUUAAGGACGCCCGCUUGGAUUACAUUUACGCGUCAUAUUGUUUGUUUUGGACCAGACUAACGCGCAAUUUAAUCCGCUGCGCCCUCUCUCAAAUGAAAUAUCUCCCCCCAGGAUCAGCCACGGAUCGAGUUAGUAAGCUGAUCGCGCUCAGUGAGACCCCCGACUUUAAAAACUCUCGUCCCGGUGCCGUGGUCUCUUUGCUCACCCCUCUGGACCCACUUCGGCAGGCGAAGCGGCUUCCCAUCCGCGUCCUCAAGAUGUUGACCGCGCACACCGGACACUUGCUGCACCCGGAAUAUUUACAGCCUCUAACGUCCGCGCCAGUGAGCAUCGAGCUGGACGCCAAGAAGAGUCCCCUGGCCCUGCUGGCUCAGACAUGCUCCCAGAUUGGUAAACCAGACCCUCCGUCCUCCUCCAAGCUGGGAUCCUCCUGCAGCCAGGGGGACAAGGAGAGCAGCGUUCGCUCGUCCUCCUCCAGCCUGAAGCUGGGGGAGCACCGCCCCUCCCUGGACGACAAAUCCAGCUUCAAGCCUUACAACAAGAGCAGCGGGGACUGCCGCAGAGACGGUGUCACGAGCAGCAGCAGCAGCAGCAGCAGCAGCAGCUCCGGUGGCGACAAAGUCGGGUUCAGGGUGCCCGGCAGCAAUAACGUCGCCGCGAACGGGAGCUCGAGCGGCGGCCAGCAGCCUUACCCGCCUCACGCCGCGUCGCCCGGCUCCAGAGCCAACAGCAGCCCCCCGCCGGGCCACAAACAGGGCCUGUCCCCCGGCGGACAGACCACGUCGCACCCCCAGACCCCCAACGGUGAACCUGCGCACGAGCACGGCAGCCCCACGAGCACGAGCAGCAAUAAUAAUAACAACAACAAUAACAAUAAUAACAAUCCCAAAAAGGACGCUGACGUGACCAAGGCCAGCUCGGACAGUCCGCACCACGCGAACUCCAGCCACGUACGAGCCAGCACGAACUGCAGCAACGACAGCUCCGACGGCGGCUCCAACCACGAUGGGGGCAAAGCAGAGUCGGCCCCGCCCAGCCUCGGCCCGGGACACAUCACGCCCAUCUCCCCCUACAAGACCAGCCAGCCGCUCUUCCCCCUGCCCUCUUCUAACAUGGGCUACCACGGGUCCGUGGUGGGCGGCUACGCUGGCUACCCGUCCCAGUUCGUCCCCGGGCUGGACCCGACCAAGUCGAGCCUCGGCGUGGGGAGCAUGGGGGUCCCGGGGAAGCACCCGAGCUCCAGCCCCCUCACGGGCGCCUCCCCUCCCUCCUUCAUGCAGGGUUUGUGCAGGGACCCCUACUGCCUAAGCUACCCGAGCGUGUCCCACCUCGGCGGAAGCAACUGCAACUCCUGCAUCCACGACCCCUCCUCCAGCCUCAAGUCCAGCUUCCCCCUGGUGUACCCCUCCCACCCGCUCCACUCCCUCCACCAGAACUCCCUGUCCUCCAGCGUGUCCCCGUCCCUGUCCCACCCGCUCUACACGUACGGAUUCAUGCUCCCCAACGACCCCCUGCCCCACGCCUGCAACUGGGUCUCGGCCGCGGGGCCGUGCGACAAGCGCUUCACCACGUCGGACGAGCUCCUGGCGCACCUCCGCACGCACACGGCUCUGCCCGUGGGGAUGGACAGUAAGCUGCUCUCCGUGUCCUCCUCCGGACCGGCCUCCUGCCACCUCCACCUCCCGCACCAGAGCAGCCCGGGCUCCAUGCCGGGCUCCCUCUCUCUCAGGGCCCCGCCAAGCCUGGGCUUAGCUCGCUAUCACCCCUACAGCAAGGUCCACCUCCCCUCCGGGCCGUCCUCCAUCUCCCUGCACUCUCUGCCCACCACGGGGCCGUACUACCCCCAUUACGCUCUCUACAGUCAAAGACUUGGAUCUGCGUCCGCUCUUGGAUACCAGUAAUGCAGCGCCCACUUAAAUGUACUAAAAGAACAUUGAGAUAUUUUGGGAAAUUAGCCCUUUUUUUGCUUUUUUUUUUCUGGCAGAUUGACACCUUCUCUCAUGUCACGUCUGUUAAAUGUAAAGCUACAGACAGUUAGCUUAGCAUACAGGCAGCCUGGCGCCAUGUGACGAUAAAAACCCUAAAAUCAAUUUCAGUAUGAGUACAAAAAUUAAUUUCACAAGGUGCUAGUUAACUAACUUCUAAAGCGUGUUUGUUACCUGUAAACAAGUCAAGCUAGCCCUGUUUUUUUUUUGUUUUCAGCCUCUAUGCUAAGCUAGGCUAACAGGCUACUAGCUGUAGCUGCAUAUUUAGCGGGCAGACAUUGAGAGCGGUGUCUUUCCUCAUCCAGAAAGUUAAGCCGUUACGUUAAUCGCGGCGAGUUGCUGAGCGGAGAAGUGAGAGCGGCGCUGGAGUCCUGGGUUUUCACUUGAGAGCAUCUUCACUCUUUAUUUUAUAAACGGUGUGUUUCCAAUCAAACGUCAGAGGACACGUGGCUCGUCCUUGCAUGUCUGCGCUCUGCUCGGAUACUCGACCGCCUUGAGCUGAGCUGACUUUUUCUUUUUUUGUUUUUUUUUUGUUUGCAAAUUGACGGUUGGACGCUGCAUAAAAAAGCUCUUUGGAUGUUUCGGGGCCUCUCGCUGCUAAAUGACGAUGAUUUAGUGCAGAGAAAUGUCAGCGAGCUGCAGCUUCGCCUCUGAUGCAAGUCUGCAAAUCGCCCUCCUCCUCCUCCUCCUCCUCCUAGAGAUGCAUGUAAAUUCACAGCGUUACACCACUAACUGCUCCAUGGUGUGUAAUGAUAUGUUUUGGUUGCUUACGUUUUAAUUUCGUUUUAUUCCUACUGAGUAUUUAUUUUACACGGGGAAACUUGCUUUAAUGUUCACCACAUCAGACUCUUUCUCGUUUUUUGCGGCCGUCUGAGCGGACACAGCAGCUGACAGGUGUCUUAACCUUUUACUUCUCGAAUGUUUCAAAUCUUCUCUGAACUUCCUCUGAUUGUUCCUUUUUGUUUUUCUUUUUUUUUAAUUUUCAACAGCAAAUCAAUAAAUCUUGAGAUAAUGUGAUAUUUUUUUGUAAAAACUGGAGCACCCCAACGUGGCGCCGUCCGGUCACAGGGGAGGUCAUAUUUUGGUAAAUAAAUCACACUGAAGAUGUGUAA